AUGGAGCCCUCGUCCCUUACCGAUAGGGAAAUGAAGCGGGAAGCUACCCACAAACUUACAGAAAAAGUUGACAGUGCUGGUAUCGAUGGCUCAUUUGCCAACAGCGGCGAAAGAGGCAUUCCAAGCAGCGGAACACCACAACCCGAUCCGCAGGAUUCCACGUUCACACGUCCAGGCUUGCCCAUUCAGGGAAUCCCAAUAUCAUCCCAAGAACUGGACCUAGAAAUUGCGGCCGUCGAAGUCCGAUCCACCCCAGAACGCGGACAAGCACUCUUCGCAGUUAAUGAUAUCUCGCUUGGCUCCGUAGUCCUGUUCGAGAAACCACUCCUGAUGAUCCCACGCGACAUGUCUAGAACAAACGAUCCUCCUUCUCCUGACCCCCUAGAUGCUCUUGUGGAUAAACUCCCGUCGCCGGAUAAGGAAGCCUUCCUAGGUCUGUGCUGCUUCAGGCGAGAUGGGAAUGAGAGCGUGAACAGAGCGGUAGUGGAUACCAAUGCCUUUGGCGUACAAGACGCGGAUGCUGUUUUUAAGAUAGCCUCGAGGAUCAAUCAUUCCUGUGUUGCGAACUGUGACUGGGAUUGGGUGGAUGGGAAGGGUGGUGGUGAGGGACGGCUGAUAAUUCGGAUUGCGGAGGCUGUAAACCACCUCCAAAGGGCCGAAUUUUGGGUCCCCGAAGCUUUGGCCCAUAAAUACGCAAAGCGAUAUGAGGGGCCCCCAGAAUAA